GUUCGUCAUUUGCGGAAAGCCGGUUGCGGCUAGUUUGUUGUUACUGCUGCGUGGUCAUUGAGUGGUGGCGCUACGUAAAGUGCUAGGAGGGUUUGAAGGAGAACACUGCAAUGUUUGAACAAUCGAGCCCAAGCAGCAGCGCCCUGGAUGCCUUUCCAGUCCACUUCGCCUGUCGCGAGGGUGAUGUGCAGGCUUUAGCAGAGUUUGUGGCAAUGGGAAAAGACAAAAGCCACCUGUUAGUUGAAGACAAUCUCUACCAUUGGACACCAAUGCACUGGGCAAGCUUCUUUGGACAACUUCCGUCCCUGAUUGUGCUGCGCGAGGCCGGUGUUGCGGUGGACACCACCACUGCCAGGUUUCGGCAGACGGCGGCCCAUAUCGCAGCGUUUGCCGGCUCUGAUCACUGCCUCAAGUACCUGAUCCAUUUUGGCUGCAAUGUCAAUGCUCAGGACUACCUGGGCGAGACGCCGCUGCACAAAGUGGCGCGCACCGGGUCAGUGGCGUGCGUCCGCGCGCUGGCCGACGGCCACGCGCUGCCCUCUGUUCAUAACAACAGUGGUCAGACGCCAGCCGGCCUGGCUGCCGCCUGCGGCCACCCGGAGGUCACCCGCUGCCUGCUGCAGUAUGAACAGUUCGUCAGUCAGCAGAACGGUCUGGGCGCGCCGCCGCCGCCGCCGCCGACCGCCUCUUGGGGUCCGGGCUCGGCCGCCGGCGAGCACGGCCUGAACGGUGGCCGACUGCCAGCGCGCAGCACGGCCGCUACCGGCCACUGGUGCUACCAGCCGCCGCAGCGUCGCCCCACAGCGGCCGGGCCGACCGACAGCAGCGCAGGCUCCGCCGCACAGACCGGUCUCGGCCACCUGCAGAUGGACUGCGAUGGUUUGGGCGACGGUCAUCACGCCAGCGGUGCUUUCGCCAACGAACGUCAAGUCAACAGUGCUAUCGGCAAUGGCCAUCAAGCCAGUGGUGCUUUCGGCGACGUUCAAGUCAGCGGCGCCUUCGGAAACGGGCAUCAAGCCAACGGUGCUUUUGGUGAUGGCCAUCGCUCCAGCGGUGCUUUCGGCGAUGGCCAUCGCGCCAGCGCUAACCCCGGCGCCUGCUGGAUCGCGCCGAGCGCUGUCCAUGGGAAGCGGCGUGGGGACGAGGUAGUGUUUGACGAGCAGUUGAAGAGAAGACGACUCACAGAGCCGAAGGUGCUGCAGCCGGCGGCGGCGGCGGCAGGCGCGGCCGCCUCCUUGUGGGCAGAGCGAGCUCGGCCGGCGCCGGGCCCCUGUCGCCGGGACGACCGCUCUGUCCGGCCCGACACGCGACGGCUCGUCUGA